ACGAAUUGCCCGAUCUAUCAUAUCUUUGUCAUGGAUUGAGGGUCCUACAUUAAUUAUACAAUCUUCAAGGGGUCAAAUCAAAAUUUUAUACAAAUAAGAUUAAGAUCCCCUUCCUCUUGUCUGGGCUCCCAGUUAUAACCAAUUUGCAAUCAAGCAAAGGAAGAGAAAAGAAAAUAAAACAAAAAGAAGAAGCAGCAGCAGCUAGGGUUUAAAGAGCUUAAAGCCCAGAGCUUUGCAAUCGAAAAGUUUUUAAUCUAAUUUUUUUGUUUCUUUUCGAUUAAAUCCUUUAAGGCAGGGCAGGUAAAAGAAAAGGUGAGCGAAGAUGAGGAUUAUGAUAAAAGGAGGAGUAUGGAAGAACACGGAGGAUGAGAUAUUGAAAGCGGCGGUUAUGAAAUAUGGGAAGAAUCAAUGGGCUCGAAUUUCUUCUUUACUUGUUCGUAAAUCUGCUAAGCAAUGUAAGGCUCGGUGGUAUGAGUGGCUCGACCCUUCUAUCAAAAAGACUGAGUGGACAAGAGAGGAGGAUGAGAAACUGCUUCAUCUUGCAAAGCUCAUGCCGACACAAUGGAGAACGAUUGCACCAAUUGUUGGUCGGACUCCAUCUCAGUGUCUUGAGCGGUAUGAGAAACUCCUUGAUGCAGCCUGUGCUAGAGAUGAAAAUUAUGAGCCAGGUGAUGACCCAAGGAAAUUGCGUCCUGGAGAGAUUGACCCGAACCCUGAAUCAAAGCCUGCGCGCCCAGAUCCUGUUGAUAUGGAUGAGGAUGAGAAGGAAAUGCUUUCUGAAGCUCGAGCUCGGUUAGCUAAUACUCGGGGCAAGAAGGCGAAGAGGAAAGCGAGGGAGAAACAGCUUGAAGAAGCGAGGAGGCUUGCUUCUUUGCAGAAAAGGAGGGAGCUGAAGGCUGCUGGAAUUGAUACAAGGCAACGGAAGAGGAAAAGGAAGGGAAUAGAUUAUAAUUCGGAGAUUCCUUUUGAGAAGAGGCCUCCUCCAGGCUUUUAUGAUGUUGCUGAUGAAGAUAGACCUGUGGAACAGCCUAAGUUUCCAACCACCAUCGAAGAACUUGAGGGAAAAAGAAGAGUUGAUAUAGAAUCACAGUUAAGAAAGCAGGAUAUUGCAAAAAAUAAAAUUGCACAGAGGCAGGAUGCCCCAUCAGCUAUAUUGCAGGCCAACAAGCUGAAUGACCCAGAAACUGUGAGGAAGAGAUCAAAACUUAUGCUUCCAGCACCUCAGAUUUCUGACCAUGAAUUGGAGGAGAUUGCAAAGAUGGGAUAUGCCAGUGAUCUUCUUGCAGGGAAUGACGAACUGGCUGAAGGGAGUGGUGCAACUCGUGCUCUUCUCGCAAAUUAUUCCCAGACACCACGGCAAGGAAUGACACCUUUACGGACCCCACAAAGAACACCUGCUGGAAAAGGUGAUGCUAUCAUGAUGGAAGCUGAAAAUCUGGCUAGGUUGAGGGAGUCACAGACACCCUUACUUGGUGGAGAAAAUCCAGAGUUGCACCCUUCAGAUUUCUCAGGGGUCACUCCUAAAAAACGGGAGAACCAAACACCAAAUCCAAUGUCGACUCCUUCAAUGACUCCUGGAGGUGCAGGACUUACUCCUAGAAUUGGAAUGACACCAUUAAGGGAUGGCUAUUCUUUUGGUGUGACCCCUAAAGGAACUCCCAUCAGGGAUGAGCUUCACAUAAACGAAGAUAUGGAUCUGAAUGACAGUGCCAAACUUGAGCAACGGAGACAACCUGAUCUAAGAAGGAACUUGAGAUCUGGACUUGGUAGUCUUCCACAGCCAAAGAAUGAGUACCAAAUAGUCAUCCAACCACUGCCAGAAGAAAAUGAAGAACCAGAAGAGAAGAUUGAAGAAGACAUGUCUGAUAGGAUAGCUAGAGAAAGGGCUGAGGAAGAAGCACGGCUGCAGGCUUUACUUAAGAAGAGAUCAAAAGUGUUGCAGAGGGAGCUUCCGAGACCUCCUAGUGCUUCCCUUGAACUAAUUAGAGAUUCUUUAUUGAGGACUGAUGGAGACAAAAGUUCCUUUGUUCCUCCAACCUCAAUCGAGCAGGCUGAUGAAAUGAUAAGAAAGGAGCUUCUGUCCUUGCUGGAGCAUGACAAUGCUAAGUAUCCACUUGAUGAAAAGGCAAAUAAGGGGAAGAAGAAAGGUACCAAGCGUCCUGCAAAUGGAUCUAUUCCCAGUAUAGAAGAUUUCGAAGAAGAUGAAAUGAAAGAGGCUGAUUCUUUGAUAAAGGAAGAGGCUGAAUUUCUUCGUGUGGCAAUGGGGCACGAAAAUGAAUCCCUUGAUGAUUUUGUGGAAGCACAUAAUACUUGCCUAAAUGAUCUCAUGUACUUCCCUACUCGUAAUGCUUAUGGUCUAUCGAGUGUUGCUGGAAACAUGGAGAAACUUGCUGCCCUGCAGACUGAAUUUGACAAUGUGAAAAAGAAGCUGGAUAAUGAUAAGUCGAAGGCAGAAAGCAUGGAGAAGAAGUUCAAUGUUCUCACACAGGGUUAUGAGAGACGGGCUGCAACUCUUUGGCGUCAGAUUGAGUCAACCUUUAAGCAGAUGGAUACUGCAGGAACAGAACUUGAGUGUUUUCAAGCAUUACAAAAGCAGGAGCAGUUUGCAGCAUCACACAGAAUAAAUGGUCUCUGGGAGGAAGUUCAGAAGCAGAAGGAGCUCGAACAAACCUUGCAAAGACGCUACGGGAAUCGCAUAGCUGAGUUAGAAAGGAUACAAAUCCUCAUGAAUAUAUACAGAGUACAAGCACAAAAACAAGAAGAGGCAGCUGGAAAGGAUCAUGCUCUUGAGUUGUCUGAGGCUGCUGUUGCUGCAAAUCCAGCUGUUGUGCCAAGCACAGUACUUUCAGAGCCUGUACCUUCCUCAGAGCAUGUUGACUCGUCUCUUGAUGAGCAGUCAAGCCUGAAAGCUGAUAUGAAUGUUGAUUCAAGAAAAGAGCAUGCUAUUAUGGAUGUAGAGACAGAUGGAAUCAUGUCUGGUAAUGUGCCUUUGGUUGUGGAAGACAAAGAAGAUAAUAUCAGUAAGACACUUGAUGGGAUGACUGGGAAUAUUGUAACAAGUUCUGAGGUUGCUGCAGAAUCUAUAAAUCCUGAUGCAGUCUCUACCAAACAGGAUAGCAUCCAAGAAACGCUUGAAGGUGAAGGUGUUGCUGACCACACCAAGGUUGACAAUUCUUCUGUCUUGGGUGGAGAUACUGCUGAAAAACAAACUGGAAUGGAAGAAUAGCAGUUUUAGCUCUGAACAAGUGAUGAGUUUUAUUUUACUAUGAGAGACUAAAUCAUGAAAUUCUUCCUCAUUCAACAAGUAGCUCUGAACAAGUAUGAGUUUUAUUUGACUAUGAGAGACUAAAUCAUGAAAUUCUUCCUCAUUCAACAAGUAGUAUUCAGGGAUUGAUGGAUCCAUAACUGCUUCUGUACUUUCAUGAGUGAUAAAAAUUCCAUGGAUGCUAGCUAUGUUGGAGCAGAGUUUUUUGUUGUAAUGUUUGCAUCCCUGUAUUUUCAAGUGCCAGAGAUUUUUUAUUGUUUCUCUUAGAAGAGACCUAGAAAAAUGCCGGUGAUGUUCAACAUGUGAUUAUUAUUAGAUUAAGGAACUGUUCUAGUAUUUCUUUUUGACCUAAUGAUUUUCACCCUUCUUUAUCCUUUGAUCUUCUGUUCAUUGGAGGUCCAGGGCUUAAACAUUAAGGACCUCUCCGUGGUAGCUUUGACACAAAUCUCUUUUCUUGAGGGACUUGCCUCACCUGCAUGUUACGAAAACCAGUUAUCUGUUUUCACAAGAGGCAAUGAAGUUGUGGCUAGGAUGGUUAUUUGUA